AAUCACAGUUGUUGCUUACCUUUUUUUUUUUUUACAAAGAACUCAAUUUUGUUUGUUUUUUCUCUUAUCAGGAUAUGUUUAAAGCCUAUAAUAACUACAAGGCCCUUGUACUGUCUGUUAAUCUGACCAGCAAAGAUUUCAAGCAAACAGAUAGCACUGGAUGCAAGGAACUUCAGAACAGACUUCGAAGGGUAAAUUUACGAUGGGAGAAGGCAAAUAUUUCACUGGAAAACUGGAAGAAGGAUUUACAAAAAGCUCUGAUUCAUUGCCAGGAUUUUCAUGAACAGAAUCAGAAACUGCUGCUGUGGUUGGCUGCUGCAGAGACACGGAGGCACCAAGCACAAGUUAAGGAGCCAAAUGCUGAUCCUCAUAGAAUACAGGAAAGUCGAAAGGAAUUAAUGCAACUGGAAAAAGAGCUUCUGGAACGGCAACUUCAAGUAAAUACUCUGCAAGAAAUUGCUGCAUUUUUGCUUGUCAAAUCUGACGGAGAAAAAUAUAUUGAGGCUAAUGAGAAGGUCCAUGUUAUUGGGAAGAAGCUUAAACAGCUUCUUGAAGGAGUUUCAUGUGACUUAAAGGUCUCACAAGGAAGUCAGGACGUAAGUGCAUUUCAGGUGAAUGGGGAAGAACUGGAUUCUGGAACCUAUCAUCAAUUAUCAGAGAAAUCUCCUGUUUCUAAAAAUAAGGUUGAUGAAAAGAAGAUCCUGCAGAGAAACACCAGCAGCAAUGUUAGGAUGGAAGAGAACGAAGAGACCAAUUCAUUUGCACCCAAGAAGUAUGCUUUCUUCUGUCGUGUCCUACGAGCAGCAUUACCUUUACAAUUGUUCCUCCUCCUCUUGUUGUUUUUGGCUACCUUGAUCCCUGUCUCAGAAGAAGACUACAGCUGCACUCAAACCAAUAAUUUUGCUCGUUCUUUCUACCCGAUGCUACGAUAUAUUAAUGGACCUCCACCAACUUAAAGACAUUCAAUUUUUUAAUUAAUAUCUUCUAUGGAGUCUUCUUUUUAUGCUGCUAGAGUUUAUCCAGAAUUUCAGUUUCUUGGUAACUUCAACCAGGGCUUAACAAGCACUGAUGAGUAACACUGACAAUAUUAUGUGGAGAUCUCUAUUGCACUCAACGGGAACCAAACCAAGAGGCUUCAGCUCAUCUUCUAAGAACAUGCUAUUGCUUCCCAUCACCGAGAUAAAAAAUCAGUUAGCAAUUUCAGGACUUGGAUUGGGUGGGUAAGAGCUGUUACUUAGAGCUUUAUACAGGAAAGCUAUUUCUAUAUAUUUUCAAACUAUAAGCAAUGUACUUUCUACUUUUUGCACAGUGUGUGAUCAAUCAGUGAUCUUCAUGCCAGAAAGAAUCGGUGAACACAGAAUUUACAAGACUGUGUCUUGUUAGCAUUAAAAUAAUUCCUCAAAUCAAAGAUAAAUGCAUAAUCCCCUAGAAAGAUCUACUGCAUAAGCCCAAUAGUAACAGGUAGGAGCUAGAGUUGCACAACAGCAUGGCUGCACUAUUCUGUCUUUCCCCUUUGUUUUGGUGAGUCUUGCAGAGAACUUCCUGGUGGAGUGAACCCAUCAUUUUUAAUGUUAAAAGAAAUGAGAACUCCUUUUUUCAGGUGGUACUUUGCAUGCAGGGAGAUCUCUUUCUGUAUUUUGCUAUUUUAGUGGAAAGAUAACUUCGAUUUUUAAAAUAUUUGUUAUACUUUAGAAUUUUAGGAAUCGUACCUAUUCAAGUUCAUGAAUAUGUAUGUUUCCAAGACAGAUUUUUAUAGUACUUAGAUUUGUCUACUUUGUCUGAUGUCUCCUUUUGUACAUUUUUUUAUAAAAAGAAAUGAAAAUGCUAUAUGUAGGUAGCCUUUAUUGUUUUUUUAGAUUUUUUUAAAAAGAAAAAAAUUGUGUUGAUUAUCUCACAUACAAACAAAUAAAUUUUGUAGAGAUGUGGCUUUUUAAUCAAAUCCAUUUAUGUUCAAUUUUCUUUGAAUAACAUACAGUAAGUCAGAAAUGAUUUAUGGAAGGGCAAAAUCAUCCCUAUGGCCAAGACAGCAGUAUACUCUAUAUGUGCAAGAGAAUAUGGGGCCUUUAUCUUCUUUCUCUCUUGGUUCUAAGAAUUAGCAUAUGACAUUCCUGGACAAUUCUGAUAAUGAAUUGCAGGAAAUUGCCGGUCCAAAUUAAUGGGAGUCUAGUAGCACUUUUUCUGACUUACAAAAUAAGCUUAUGGAAGGCUAUUUAUGUUAGCCGAAAAGGUGUGACCAAGCUUCUGAUUUUU